UCAGCACAUCCAUUUCUGGUGUAAACACGAAGCACACGGUAAUGUGCGAUAGUAGGCGGUGGGUUUAUCCAGUUUUCAGAUAGCCAUGGACAUUUUGAAAGCGGAGAUAGCGAGGAAGAGGAAGCAGCUGGAGGAGAAGGAGCUGUUGGGGGAAAAUAAGAAGUUCUUUAAGCGUAGUGAACUUGCUGAAAAAGAAAAGGAAGCAUACUUUGAAAGAUGUGGCUACAAGCCUAUAAUUGAGAAGCCAGCACAAAAGUUACAGAAUCAAGAAGAGGAACAGAAGCCUUCCUCAUCAAGCAACCCUGUGUUGGAGCUAGAGCUGGCAGAGGAGAAGCUACCUAUGACUCUGUCCAGGCAGGAGGUGAUACGGAGACUGCGAGAAAGAGGUGAACCAAUCCGACUUUUUGGGGAAACUGAUUAUGAUACCUUUCAACGCUUGAGAAAGAUAGAGAUUCUUGCUCCAGAAGUGAACAAGGGCUUACGAAAUGACUUGAAGGCGGCUCUGGAUAAGAUCGAUCAGCAGUAUCUCAAUGAGAUUGUAGGCGGUCAAGAACAAACAGAAGAAGAUACACAGAAUGACCUGAAGGUCCAUGAGGAAAAUACCACAAUUGAGGAGUUGGAGGCUUUGGGAGAGUGCCUUGGGCAAGGAGAUGACAACAAAGAUAUGGAUAUCAUUAAUAAAGUCUUAAAGUUCCUUCUAGGUGUCUGGGCAAAGGAGUUGAAUGCAAGAGAAGACUAUGUAAAACGCAGCGUGCAUGGUAAAUUGGCAAGUGCCACACAGAAGCAAACCGAAUCAUACUUGAAACCGCUUUUUAGAAAAUUGCGCAAAAAGAACCUUCCUGCGGACAUUAAAGAAUCAAUGACGGAUAUCAUAAAAUACGUAUUACAAAGAGAAUACGUGAAGGCAAAUGAUGCCUAUCUUCAGAUGGCUAUUGGCAAUGCCCCUUGGCCUAUUGGUGUAACUAUGGUUGGUAUCCACGCUCGUACUGGACGUGAGAAGAUUUUCUCCAAACAUGUAGCCCAUGUUUUGAAUGACGAAACACAGAGGAAAUACAUACAGGGCUUGAAAAGACUGAUGACAAUUUGCCAGAAGUAUUUUUCAACCGAUCCCUCAAAGUGUGUGGAAUACAACGCAUUAUAGAGACAUUAAUUUUACACUUCUAGCCGUGUAUUGUCUUCAAAUACAGCAACCGCCUCACCAGCUCCGAUGGAUGGAUGGAUUUCUGUUUUAUAGAGAUACUUCCUGUUUUACAUCUUCAGAUCAUUAUUCAGUAACACACCUUAAAGUCACACUAUUUCUAUAAUACCAGACUGUUAUUUCAUGUGUAUGUAUUUGAUGUUACUUCUGAAGAUGUGUAUAAAACAAAC